AUGACGUCAAUGUUCCACAUGAGUGACCUUGGGCUGCUUCCUUACUACCUCAAGAUUGAGGAGUGGUUGAAGCUCUGCAAUAUGAGCAUGGCACCACUAGUUGAUGCGACACACUACCGAAGCAUCGUCGGUGGUCUGCGCUAUCUGGUGUACACAUGGCUGGGCAUCACAUUCGUCGUGGGGUAUGCCAGCCAGUACAUAGAGGAUUCGUGGGAAGAUCACUACAUGGCAGUCAAGCAUCUCCUCCGCUAUGUGGCUGGUACUCGUGGCUAUGGCGUUAUUUACAAGAAGGAAGGAGGAGCCACACUAGCGCAGAUAGGGUACAACGACAGUGACAUGGGCGGUGACCUUGAUGACCGAAAGAGCACGACCGAUGUUUUCUUCCUCCUCGGCCACAGUCCCAUCUCCUGGCAAUCAAAGAAGCAGAGAGUGAUCGCACUCUCCACAUGUGAAGCAAAGUACAUAGCUGCGACUACAGCGGCUUGCCAGAGAGUUUGGCUUGCUCGGUUGCUGCAAGAGCUCACCAGCAAAGAGCUUCAAGCACUGACAUUGAUGGUGGACAACAAGUCUGUCAUCUCACUCCGUUUACCUCGAAAUUGCCAAAACUGA